AUGUAUGCUCGCCUGCUACUCCGACUUCACACACCCCGAGCAGCACAACGCGCGCAGGAGUUAACCGACCUGAAGGCGGACAUCGGACUGGCAAAAGCAUUGGGAGCAAAAUUUAUUCGGGUAACAGCAGGACAAAACCAUCCCGGCACCGAACGUGAAGCAGGCGUGCGUUGGGUGACAGACGGAUUUCGUCGCGCCCUUGACGAAGCGGAAAAGCACGGUAUCACCCUCGCCUAUGAGAAUCAUACCAAAGGCGCACCUUGGGAUUAUUGGGACUUCUCACAACCCACAGAGAUUUUCUUAGAGAUCUUAGAUGCGCUUUCUGACACACCCCUCGGCGUCUGCUUCGACACCGCAAACCCGCUCGUACUCGGAGAAGAUGUACUCGCACUUCUGGAGAAGGUUAUCCAGCGGAUCGUCGUGCUGCAUAUCUUCGACCUUCGGGCAGUUAAGGUGUUUGAACCUGUCCGCGUCGGCACUGGUGCCUCACCGAUCCAGCCAAUUUUUUCGCGCCUGAGACAAACAGGCUACGACGGUUGGCUUAGCAUCGAAGAAGCCAGCCGUUCAGGACAGGAAGGCUUCACGCAAUCCAUCGCGUAUGUUCGAGAAACGUGGGAACAAGCAUUAUCCGCGUGA